AUGGACGAAGUGGCUUUAAUAUCGUUUGUACAACAAUAUGAGGAGUUGUAUAAUUUGCGACAUCCCCACUAUAUGAACCAGCAAAGACGGGACAACAUAUGGGAAGAAAUUGGGGAACAAAUGAAUGAUACUGGGUCAGUAUGUAGAGAAAGAUGGACUAGAAUACGAGAAAACUAUAGAAAGGUGUUGAGUUUAGGAAAGACCAAAAGUGGUCAAGCCGCUAACAAAAUAAAACCGCCUAAAUAUAACAAAGAGCUAAGCUUCCUCUUUCCCUAUAUAAACGAUGAAGAACAUAGAGUUUCAAAUAUAUCAGUACCAGCACGAGAAACGCCCUCUUCAUUUGUUUCUCCACAUUCAGAAUCUGGAGAUGAUUCCCGACAUUCAGAAUCGCCGUUACCGAGAUACACUCCGAUUCGCCCCAGUAGUCGUACGUCAUCGCACAGAUCCACAUGCAAUCCUACCACUAGUGUAGCAACAGUACUAAAAGACUAUUUGGCUGAACAAAAACACCAGUCACAUACUUCUGCGCAAAGUAAUAUUAAUGUUAACCAAGAUCCUUUAAUAGAUUUUUUUAUGAGUAUGGCUAGAACUGUACAACGACUUGAUGAAAAGAAACAACUGUACAUCAAAGUGUCUCAUUUCACAAAUGCUAAAACUGAACGACCACGUAUUGCACCGACCACAUCGACUGUCACAUCUGGAGUGUCUCAUCAUACAUAUACAGAGACUGUACAUUCAAGUAUUACACCAACAACUUCGACUAUGACAAAUGAAGAGUCUCGUAUUACGAACGAAAAGUCUCGUAUUAUGAACGAAGAGAUUCUGCAUUCAAAUAUUACUCUGACGAUUCCGCGUCAAGUAAUGAGACUAAUACUUCCUACACAUCAGAUAACGAUAUUAAACGACCAGGUUCUCAAUGCAUCUUAUGAUAAUGAUAGCUGUGAGGUGGAUGAAGAACUAAAGAAAUACGUAGUAUUUAAAUAA